AUGUCAGGCGAACCAGAGUCCAGCACUUCUAGUGAACUUCGGUUACAGAGGGAGAAGAUAGACACGUCGUACACCUACGAUGACCAAAAAGGCUGGAGGCGCUGGAGGAUCUUCCGACCAGGCCGUGGGAUUUACCACGACAUCAAGAGACGCCUUCCAUACUACUGGAGCGAUAUCGUUGACGCAUGGACAUACCGUACAGUUGCCAGCACCAUUCGAAUGUAUUUUGUCAAUCUUCUCCCUGCGAUAGCCUACACCCUCGACAUGUAUCGACGAACAGGACAAUUCUUUGGCAUCAACGAAGCUCUCUUCUCAUCUGCGCUCGCUGCCGUCGUCUUCAGCAUCCUCAGCGCCCAGCCCCUCACGAUCGUUGGCGUCACCGGUUUGAUCUCGCUCUUCAACUUCACAAUCUACGAUAUCAUCAAGAUCUACGACGUUACCAUCUACCCGCAGUUCAUGGCUUGGACGGGUAUUUGGGCAGCGAUUUUCCACUGGCUCGUCGCCGUAUUCAACGCGUGCGACUAUAUGCGAUACGUCACCGACUUCUCGAGCGAGGCUUUUGGUUUAUACGUUGGCAUCAUCUACAUCAUCAAGGGUGUGGAAGAGUUAGUCAACGAGUUCGAUGCCGAAGGCAGCGCGGCUGGUUACUUGGCUUGUAUGAUUGCCAUUUUAUACUUCGGCACCGUUUAUACGCUAGAAAAGCUGGGCUCUAGCACUCUUUGGAACUCUGGCUACCGAGGAAUCCUCGCCGACUAUGCCUACGUGUUUGCCACCAUCUUUUGGGUGGGGUUCUCGCACAUCCCUGGUACUCUCAAAGGAACGCACAUCAUGAGGGUUCCUGUCGUCGACGCCUUCCAACCUACGCAACCUAGGAACUGGGUGAUCGACUUCUGGAACCUCGAUGCAAAGUGGGUAUUUGUUGCUAUGCCAUUUGGGUUUCUAGUGAUGCUGCUCUUCUAUUACGACCAUAAUGUCAGCAGCAUCACCGCACAAGCACGCCAGUAUCCCCUGAAGAAACCAGGAGGUUUCCACUGGGACUUCUUCUUGCUCGGCUGCACGACGUUCAUCGCAGGCAUCCUGGGUCUGCCGAUGCCCAAUGGCCUCGUCCCCCAGGCCCCAGUUCACACCGAUUCCUUGACAGUCUACGAGACGAAACUCAAAAUCAUAUCGACUUCCGAAGGGGAAGAUGCAGAAAUCAGGCGACCUGUAGUGGUUGCUACACAGGUAGUAGAGCAGAGGAUUUCCCAUUUGUUGAUGGGCCUUGCUCUAAUAGGCACCAUGACGGGUCCCCUUCUGGUGGUGCUACAUACUAUGCCAGCUGCUGUCUUUGCUGGCGUUUUCUUUGUCGUUGGUUGGGGCUCAAUCGAAUCGAACAGCAUCCUUCGAAAGUUCCUCUUUCUCCAAGCAGAGGAACGCUUCAUACAACGAGACGAGAUACUCCUCCAAGUUCGCCGCCCAAAGAUCUGGUUGUACAUAGCUCUACAGUUCCUCAGUGUUGCAGUUUGCGUUGCAGUCUCCCACACGCUAGGUGCCAUUGGUUUCCCAGUCCUGAUAAUCCUGCUCAUUCCGAUGAGAGUCAUGCUGGUACCCAUAUGGUUUUCCCAGAAGGAACUUCAAAUACUGGACGACUUCACGGCGACGAACAAGAUGGUACUGGCAAGUUUGGGAGGCAAGCCCGGACUACCUGGAGGCUCUCAAGAGGAAGAUUGGGGACUUGAGAGGAGAGCUAGCGAGAGCAAGCAUGGAGUUACUAGACAAAGGGCUGGAAGUCUGCAUCGAUAG